CCUUUCUUUCCCUUUUUCCCACUACUACUCUUUCUUUCCUUCCACAACAAAAGCUGCACCUCAUCGACCGAAAGCUAAAGACCAAGACCCAGAAGCAUCAACAACACUCAACACCCAAACCUGAUCUCCAUUUCCCUCUCCCUCUCUCUCUCUCUCUCUUGGUUUCCAAUUACAUGAUUACUCUAGAAGAAGCCCACAGCACAGUGACUUCAUCUUCUAGCUAGGUUCAUCACAUAAAAAGAAGAAGCGAAAAAGCUAAAGAUUGGAAUCACUACUUUUCCUUCUAGCUAGCUAGUACUAUAGUUACCCACCACUAAACAAACUAUGUUCCCCAACUUAUCCUCAUCUUCCCCUCCCUCCUCCUUAGAAAAUGAAACCGCCACCGCCGCCACCAACAAGCGCAAGCGCCGCCCCGCCGGCACUCCAGAUCCAGAUGCGGAGGUGGUGUCGCUGUCGGCGCGGACGCUGAUGGAGUCGGACAGGUACGUGUGCGAGAUCUGCAACCAAGGGUUCCAGCGGGAGCAGAACCUGCAGAUGCACCGCAGCGCGGACGCUGAUGGAGUCAGACGAGGGAGUUCCAUUGCUUGUAGACGGGUUUGGAUCGGAAGGCGGAUUUUGUGUCCGGUAGACGAAUGAGGAGUUCAAUCAGGAUGUGUAAUUUUUUUUCAUUUUUUAUAAAUUUUUUUUAUAAUGAUGUGUAAUUUCCAAAAAUUUAAUUUUUAUUUUUUAAUUAUUUUUUAUUUGCCACGUCACACAUUUAACGGUCAACUGUCAGAAUUGACCGCCACGUCAGUCAAAGUUAACGGAGGUUAACGGAGAGUGACC